UAGAAACCACCAUGACACCACACCUUAAAACAUAAUUUUACACAUCCAACCAUUCAUCUCAUACAUACAUAUAAUCACGCCUAUUCCCUUUUAAUACAAAAUAAAACAUAUAAAUAAAUGUGCAUUGUACUUUGUGAGCCAUGGGCGACAAACCGAAACCGAAGAUCACGAAAAUACCUCCGCUCUACCAAUUCCUUUUCGGAGGAUCAGCCGGCAUGAUGGCAAUUUGCAUCGUCCAGCCCAUGGAUCUGCUGAAGACCAGAAUGCAGCUGCUGGGGCCUGCCGGCAAGGACUACACCAUGGUUAAGAUGGCCAAAGAGGUAAUCGCUAAAGAGGGUAUUUUUGGACUGUACAGCGGGAUAUCAGCCGCGCUGUUCCGACAGGCCACGUACACUACCGGACGCCUCGGCAGCUUCAACGCUAUCACCGAUAUAUACACCAAAUCAUACGGGACGCCAAACUUCGCCAUGAAGAUGCUGAUUGGGAUGACCGCGGGCGGCAUCGGGGCGCUCGUGGGCAACCCAGCCGAAGUCGCGCUUGUAAGGAUGACCGCUGACGGCCGCCUGCCUCCCGAGAAGCGAAGGAACUAUGCUCAUGUGUUUAAUGCGCUUGGCAGAAUGGUCAGCGAGGAAGGCGCAGGCACGUUGCUCCGAGGUGCCUCAGCCACCGUCUCCCGCGCAGCGGUCGUCAACGGCGCACAACUAGGCUCCUACGCUCAAGCCCGAGAGAUGCUCCUACCCAUGAUGGGGAACACUAUGUUCCUUCACUUUACUGCGUCUAUGAUAGCUGGCCUUGUCACCUCUGCUGCAUCACUACCGCUUGACAAGAUUAAAACGAAAGUGCAAAUGGCGGCAAAAGGAGGCGACCAAAAAGGCAUGGUCGGCGUAAUAUUCGAGGUGCUAAAGAAGGAGGGUAUCCUAGGGUUUUGGAGCGGGUUCCUGCCCACCUACCUCAAGAUAGGACCCCACACUGUCUUCACUUUCAUAUUCCUGGAGCAGAUAAACGCUGCCUAUUUAAGGGCCGUCAAUGCGUAACUUUUGGACGCCAACAACAUCUUAUUGCGUAGACAUCAAACGUUUGUUCUAUCGGCUUAGACCGUUAAGGAUGACUCACGCUAGAAUCGUCCGGGUCCGGGCCGAGGCGUCAGACACUUUUUCUACAGAAAGCGUCACGCGAUCACCGAUCUCCCGUCAUAGAAAACCAAGUAUCGGGCGUCUCGGCCCCAACCCGGACCGUUCUAGCGGGAGUCAUCCUUUAAAGUACCUAGUUGUUGGUAAUUACACAGCUCCAAGAACGCAGUAUGGCGUACGCUUUAAUGUAACCUUCAAAUCUUCAUAAUUUUAAGGUUAGUUUAAUACUUAAUGUGCAUGUUGUUGGCAUGUGAGCGACGUUUUUGUGACGUAUAGGGUUUUAACUCCUUACUGCAUGUAAAAAAUAUUUGUUUAAAUUUGAACUUUAAUAGCUGUCAAUAGAGUUGAAUAUCAUAUCACCCAUUAUAUGCCUUCGUAAGCGGUAAAGGGUUAAUAGGUCGUGAUCAGCCGGCGCUCUGGGGGCACAAGGUGAUUACUGGUGGACGCCAAUGAAAAAAUUAAAUAAUAUAAGGGAAUGUACAAAUAUAAAGAAUUCCAGAACAUUUUGGUGGGCGUUAACGAUGGCCACCUUAAUCGGUGGACGCCAAUGGAAAAAUUAAAUAAUAUAAGGGAAUGUACAAAUAUAAAGGAAGUUCCAGAACAUUUCGGUUGGCAUUAACGAUGGUCAUGUUAAUCAAAUCCUUCGAACAAGGCACAUUCCCUACGAUAUUAAAAAAAUCUGUUGUCAAACCAAUAUUUAAAAAAGGUAACAAGUCGGAAUUAGGAAAUUACCGUCCUAUUACAUUAAUCCCAGUCGUGGCAAAAAUUUAUGAACGUGCCAUGUACAACAGAAUCGAACGUUUCUUAGACAAAUUUAACAUCUUAAAGGACGAGCAAAACGGUUUUCGGAAAAAAAAGUCUACAACAUUAGCGUGCUUUAAGUUAAAUAACUUAAUUACGGACUGUAUAGACAAAGGCAUUCCAGUUGGGGAAUAACUUUUGGAUAUGUCCAAAGCUUUUGAUACCGUCUGUCACCGCCGACUUUUAGACAAACUCCAACGCUAUGGAAUUAGAGGACCCGCAUAUUCCUGGAUUCAAAGUUACUUGUCUGAAAGAAAGCAGUGUACUCAAAUUGAGAGGGUUCAAAACAAUAAGCUGAAAUCGUACAAGUCCCAGUAUAAAGUUAAUACAUACGGAGUGCCACAAGGCAGUAUUUUAGGCCCGUUAUUGUUUUUAAUAUAUAUCAAUGACUUACCUGAAUGUAUCCGACAUGAUUGCGUCCUAUUUGCUGACGAUACCACGAUAUUAAUCAAAGGUACCAAUACAGACUCAUAUGAACGCGAGGUAAAUACUGCAUUGAACGAUGUCAUCGAUUGGCUUAGCGAAAAUCAUUUAAAGCUUAGCAAAACAAAAUUUAUCCAGUUUAGAUCAUACAAAGCAGCGCCACAGACAAUAAAAAAAAAUUUACAUGACAACAUCGAAAUAGAAGAAGUAGAAGACUCUGUAUUCUUAGGCAUAACUUUAGACACUCACUGUAACUGGAAACGACAUGUAGAAAAUGUAUGUAAGAAAGUUAAUAAAUUUAUAUAUGUAUUAUGGAGACUCAAAGAAACGGUUUCGCAAAAAACAGCUUUUGUAACAUAGCAUGCUUAUAUCGAGUCCAUUUUUAGAUAUGGGAUCCUCUUAUGGGGAAACUCAGUUGAAAUAGAACGUGCAUCUGUAGCCCAAAGAAAGUGCAUUAAAACUAUUUGUGGUAAAGGUCGCAGAGAAUCGUGCCGACUUGAUUUUGCAAAGCAUAACUUAUUAACACUGACAAGCCUAUACAUUUACGAAGCAGCUGUCUUUGUGAAGAAGAAUCUAGAACUCUUCCCGCCAUUUAAUAAUAUAAAUAAUAGACCUCUUCGACAAUACCAAAUGACACUACCGCCCUCUAUAACCUUAAAAUAAGAAAAAAAGGCGCAUAUCACAUGUGUAUACAAAUUUUUAACAAAAUUCCUGCAAACAUAAAGACGCUACCAUUUAACGAGUUUACAUUUAAAUUGAAAAAUAUAUUGUGUAAUGCAAGUUUUUAUAACAUUGAUGAAUAUUUUAAUUAUAAAUUCUAACUAUUACUUACUUCAUUGUGACAUGUAAACGUUUGAUACUAUAAAUUCUAAUUUUUACUUCAUUGUGACAUGUAAACUUUUGACAUCAUAAAUCCUAAUGUAAUUAUAAAUUCUAACUAUUACUUAAUUAUGACAUGUAAACUUUGACAUUAUAAAUUCUAAUUCUUACCUAAUUUUGACAUGUAAACUUUUGACAUUAUAAAUUUUAAUUUUUACUUCAUUUUAACAUGUAAUCUUUUUACAAUGGUAAGUAAGACAAUUAGAUUUAACUAUAAUAGAUUGAUGAACUUAUGCGCUGAAUUUGAAUGACUAACUGACUGUAGAACUUGAUGUUUGUAUUUAAUAAUUUAAAUUUUGAUAAUAUUUUAGUAAACGCGACAUUUUUGUAACGUAUUUUCCUUUGACAUGCAUGAACUAUGUCAAUACAAAUAAUCUUCACAUGCCAUAAGGCCGAACAUAUCAUGGGUCAAUAUGUACACUUAAUAAUAUCUACUGUACCAUAUGUUCUCGUGAAUAAACUUUCAUUUCAUUUCAUUUCAUUUCAUCCUUUUCCAGGCUUUCAUAAUAAGGUUUACGAAUUCACAGUUAAGUUCUUCUAAUAGUCACAGUGGACAAUGGUGCCUAUAGGACCAUAUUCAGGAUAUACUCGUGUCCUCUAGCCGCCCACACGUCAAAAUUAAAAUUCACAAUCCAAUGGAAUGGGAGGACCUUUUUAUAGGUCUCUGGGCGGCUACAGGAUAUAGUUUUCUUUUUUAUAUUAAGUUUAAUUUUAAAAUUAUUUAUUUUAUAGAAAUUUUAAAAUUAUUUGUAAAUAUCUUUUUUAUGGUUUUUAGACAAAAUAUAGAGAUAACUCUAUGAAAUAAAUAAAAAUCUUGUUUCCACAACAAACUUUAUUUAAUUUACAAUGCUCCAUAGACAUUUUACCUUUUGGACGCCAAUAUAUCACGUAUAAUCGUUAUUUUUUGCCAGUUUUGAAAGAAAAUUAUGUUUUUCUAUGGAAGUAACCGUAGGUAGAUCAGGGCCGGAUUGCAUAAUAAAAUACAAGCUAAUACUAUUAGUGAUUUUACAUACAAAUUACAAAAUCACUAAUAGUAUUAGCUUGUAUUUUAAUAUCCAAUAGGCCCCAGGAUAAUUUUUCAAUGUUUUGACAUGGUUUGUGGCGCCAAAAGAUAAAUAUACCUAUAUAAUUAUAUAUAGACGAAGGUUUUAUUAUAGUACAUUUUUACUAAAAAAAACGGGUCACAUGACUGACACAUAUCACUGCCCAAUACAUACUCGUAAUAUUCCGCUAUUAUAUAUAUUUGAUACAUAUAUAGUUAAUGGGUGAAAAUAGUUUAUCUUAUUCAAGUAACCUUCACCACUAAACGUAGUAUAAUACCUUAAUAUGAAUAUAUCACAAAGAAAUAAAACAUUCGAAAAUUAUAAUAAUUCAUGGUGUAAAAUGGUCUGCGCAAGCAAUUUAUUAAGUAUUUUUAUGACAUGACAAAUAUUUUCAAAUCAUGAAAAAAAAAACAAAGAAAAUGUUUACCUUGUCCAAAGAUAAUGUCUCAUUAUUUCUUUACUCCAUAACAUAACUAAAUCAAAUAAUAUCAUUAUGUAUUUGCAUUUUGCGUAAAGAGCAGUCAUUCGUCUCGAGAACACCAAAACAAUAACUGUGGAAGAGUAAUAAAUUAAUGAUGUGGUGGUCCCAUACUGGCUGAUACAUAACGUUAUAAUUAUAACAUACAUAGUUUGACAGCCCUGUCAAAACCUGGACAGCAUAAUAACUAAUAAAACGGUUAUGUAGCAUAAUUUCUAAAAUCUAAUUUCCUAAGUACGAAAUUCCUAAAGACAGAACAUCGAAAAUGAAAACGUCUAAUGUACGAAAUUCCUAAAGAUGCAUGAUCCGAUCCGAUGAUGCACCAAUAAAACACUAUGAUUAACAUACAUAUUUCAUCUUUCGUGCGAAUUACGAUGUUAUGCAACGUUAUUUAUAACAGCCAGUGUGAUAGCACCAUAACUAACCUUUUGAACGCCAAGAACUAAAGUCGUUGCUACUAGUCGUGCCCACAGCACCACGGACAACUAUAGGUAUGGCGGACGCUGUCAAAGUAACCAUCACAUUUUAGAGCAUUGAGAUAAUAAUAUAUUAUUACUAUACAAUACAAUACUCUUUAUUGCACGCCUCACAUACUCGUAGUUCGUAGUGAGAAGCUAUAGAAAAGUACUAAUAAAACGUCGUAAGCGCCAUAAAAUUCAUGGCGUUUACGCGUGUAGGUCGCGAGACUCACGCUCCACUUCUAUGGUUUGUUGUCAAAACAAAAUCGGUAUCGUCUUGGGUCGUCCCAUUAGUUUUUCGUCAAGUUCUUAAAUUAGUCCUAUUCUGCUUUCAUCACGCAUUCUACAUUGAAAGCCACCGACGAUUGUGACGAAUGUAGAAUGGGUGACGAAAGCAGAAUAGGACUAAUUGAAGAACUUGACGAAAAACGAAUGGGACGACCCAAGACGAUACUACAAAAUCAACUCAUGGCGCAAAAUACUGGUUCCGUGUGCCGGUUCCUUGGCGUUUGAGUUAUGUUUGUGUUAAUGACAUAAAGCGUUCAAAUGGUUAUAUACCUGCCCUUAAUUUCUUACAACAAGGUCUGCAAGGUUUUAGGUUUUAGACCUGUACAAAUUGACAUGAUACAACAACAGUGUUUCGUUUCCUACAUUCGCACCAACUUUUGUGAUUAUAAUUAGUGUAGAAUCAUAAUUAGGUACAUUUUAACUUUGGCAUCUCAAGAAAUGAUAGUUUUUAAGCUAAAUAACUCCUCCAGAGCCCCAACAAUAUUAAUUUGGCAAGUAACAAGUGUUAAAAAAGAUUUAAAAACACACUUAAAGAAUACUUUACGCACUUAACCUUUUCGACGCCGUGUCAAACACAAAAGCUGUCACGCGGACGCCACGUCACCGAAGUGUCAAAACUGAAAUUGAACUUUAUGCAUAUGCACGUAGGUCUAUGUUGCUCUGUGGUCUGUGACCGAUUAAUCAAUCUUUGGCGUUGAACCUGCGCUGCGGAUAUAUCGGUCAUUGGCGUCCAAAAGGUUAAAGAAUUGAACUCAAAACGAAUUAUGCUCCUAAACCCCAAGGUCCUACCUAUAGUACUUAUUCAGUUCAGUGAAAUUGAAAUCAUAUUCGAUUGGAACAGAGUUGCUUUUGCUUUGUUUCGUUCAGUUUUCAAACAA